AUGAUCACACCAGCUGUUCCGGAGCUUAUUGAAGAUGAUCAAAUAUAUGCCUCAAUUGACGCCCGUACAGACUCCUUACAGGGCUUACGUGAACUUGGACCACCAGACUUAGUUCAUGUUGUCAAGCAAUCCAAGGCCAAUGCGGCUCAUCAAACAGGGGUAUAUCAUCAUGUUACGGGGAUCGAUGCAUCAUCUUCUGCCAGUCUCGCUGCCUAUGUAAAUACGCUUACCUACUCUCCUCUUGACAAAAGCAAUAAAGUAAUCUCUGGAAUUUACUGCUGUUACAAUGCCUUCUCCCAUUUAGACAUGCGAGUCGAAGUUAAGAUUCCUGGCACUCUUGAAAGUUACUGCAUCGACGAACGCGGAGAUAAGCGUGUGGCGACAGAGCAAUUAUGGCUGGAGACUUUCGUUUGUGCGGUUUUAAGAGCCUACUCCUAUGCGGACGACGGUAACGGAGAUGCUCUUAAGAAGAUUGUCGCAGUUCGGAGAUUCAAUCCUAUAACAAAUACGGAGAUGGAGCACAAAUUUCUUGACGCUGCAGAAAAGUUAUUUUUUAAUGCCUCAGGGAGACAACUCAGUUCAGAUCCGGAGACGCAGGUCCCCAAUACCGUGAGCAACCAUUUGGCCUCCGGCAUCUUAAAAUACGUUCAUACAACGGGUCGAUAUGCGUCAGGCAUCAAUCUAUUUGAGAAACUGCGAACCAAGGAUGUUGAAGUGUCAUCUUUGCUUGCUCGGGUUCUGAUAUCUGCAAACGAAGAGGUUCAGGCUGUGCGGCUAUUACACGAUGCUCUACAAGAUGUCCCAAUGGAUUACGCGCUAUUGGACUGUCAAGCGGCAUUUUGCCAAAGUAAGGAGGAAUACGAAAUGGCUCUGGAGUGUGCCAAACGUAGCGUUACGGCUGCUCCUAGUGAAUUCAGUUCCUGGAUACGACUGGCUGAAGUAUAUGUGGAUUUGGAGCAGUGGAACCUUGCUCUGUUAACGCUCAACUCUUGCCCCAUGUUUACUUACCAGGAUAAAGAUUCGCCGAGAAUGCCUCAGCCAUCUCGGAUUCUUCUGCCUGUCCUUCCUGAAUCUGUACUGGACGAGAUAGAUGAGGGACAGCCAAAAGCGGGAGAUCCGCAUGAUAUUGUGAAUCCUAUUUUAAGAAAACUUCAUGCCUCAAGCUACCAGGGAACGUUCUUAAAAGCAUAUAGUCUUUUGACCAAAAUUGCUGCGGCUAUUGGCUGGGAUCAACUGUUGAAAGUUCGGAGCGAGGUAUUUGUCAUGGAGGAAGAAUAUAGAGUGGAGCGGCAUGCUGGAGCAUCACGAACCACGCCAAAUAAUAACAAUGCUAGCACAGUAGCACUGCACGAGGCAUCUACUGCAGGCUCAGAUGUGAAUGGGAAUGAGAAAAACGACCCUGGUCUUUCUGAGGAGAACCCUAAUUUCAAGACUAAGGAUGAAGCACUUGAGACAAAUGGUAAUACAGAAGAGCCUAACUAUCAGGAGGUUGGAUCGGAAAUUGAAAAACCUGAACAGAGUAUGGCAUCUGAAGUCGUAAAAUCAGGGGGCGAGGAUCCUGAGGUUUCUAAUACUUAUACACAGUUUCAUAAUAAACGUCUAUGCGAACGCUGGCUUGAUAACCUGUUCAUGGUUCUCUAUGAAGAUUUACGCGUUUAUACUAUCUGGCGCAGUGAACUUGCCCAAUCGCGGGCACAGUCAAUAGAAUAUAAAAAAUCUGCCACUGAAUGGGAAAUUCUGGGCGAGCUCGCCGAGCGCUUACACCACACUAAUGAAGCCAUCGAGGCGUUUCAACAUUGUUUGCAGGUUCGAUUUUCUGCCAAAGCGAUGAAAGGCAUUCUUAAGAUGUAUGAGCGGCAGAACGAUACAAGGGGUAUGCUUAAUGCGUUGAUUAGACUGAUAGCAUGGCAAUACCGUUGGUAUUCAGAGUUUUCCCCUGAUCUUUUAUUUAUGAUCCGCAAGUUGAUUGAGGAGGAGGGCGCUGUUAAAGUUCGCAGCAUUGUGCAAGCUACAAAUCUACCACAGCCUGUGUUGGAUCUAACCCACCACUACUGCCAACUCUGUGCUAUGUUUAGGAGUACGGGAAGUGAUGGCUGA